AUGAAUUCGCGAUCGACGGGUGAUUUAAAUAAAGUAUAUCAAUUUAGUGAAGAUAUUACAGAAUCUCGUGCGCGUAUUCUUGUAACGAUGUACAACGAACAGAAAAGAGGUUCAACGAGCAGCAAAAGGCGCAAUUCUCGUAUCGAAAAUUUGCGCGUGCGCAUAAAUAGGUUGACACUCAUGCGACAUGACGAAAUAAUGAGAGUCUAUUCGAAUGUGACUCUAAACAGAAAUAUGUCACCACUACCACCAUUACCACCGCGUCGACGUCGAUUAGUCGUAUCAACUAAACCGCUGCCACUAUCUUCGUCGCCGUCAUCUCGAUCAGUUAUAGCACCUCAACCGUUACCACCAAUCCUUUCUUUGAAAAUAACACACAUUGAAAAGACUGAACCCAAUUCAAUAACAAUUGACAUGGUCCCAAAUUCGUUCGAGCCUGACAACGAGACUGAUGAAGAGGAGGAUAUCAUUUACCCAGAAGGUGUCACCGAUUUUCAUCCAUACAAAAUUGUGGCUCGUUAUCGAAAAGUCACGGGAAAAUCGACUAAUUUUCGUCUUGAACCACUCCUUGUCGGUGAAGACUCUACAGAAACGCUCGUGCUCGGACUCGAGAACUUCGCUCAACAACAUGGGUGCAACUUGAGCUUUACAGAUGAGGAUCUGUUGUUCGAUAAGAGUGUUUAUCGAGCCGCAUGUGGUGUGGCUGAUUUAGGUAGUAUUCACCUGCUUGCCACUGAUUCCUUGCUCACAGCCAGCUUUCAAUUUGAAAUUGAUCUUGACUACGACAGCGAGUUCGAUCAAUCAGAAGACAACAUCGAAAAGUUUGUGCUGGACUUUUGUGAAACUAUUUCCAAAGUGCUGACCUGUGAGAAUAAUAAUGUUCGGGUCUUUUCCAUCAACAAAUUGGCCAAAGGAUCAGGAAAGAGUGAAGUGAAUUUCGGCUUGACCACACCAGAUCCAGAAAGAACGGAACAACUUGCUCACGAUUUACAGACUUAUGCGCGCUCAGGCUUUGCAACUGACACAAUUCUUCGACAUGUCAAACCAGGAGAAUACGAAUGCAAAUGGAAGCCAGUUGUAAGCUACUUACAAGUGCGACCAAGUGAUUUGGCACCAGAAUUUAACUACGACUACAGGGCUCCAGGCGUGCCUCUAGAACUUAAGCGUGGAAAUUACCCAUACUACCUUCCAAUUGACUGGUUUCGUCAUGCACUCAACGUUCUCCAUAAGUAUACAACCGAUUCUACUUGGUUAGGUUGUGUAAACGCUGAAGGCGAGUGGCCGGUCGCCUUCCACGGAACUCGUUCCGAUGCAGUGAACAGUAUUGUACAACAGGGUCUCUUGCCUAGCGCAGCCAGACUUGACGUUGUUAAAUAUGAAGCUAUUCAACAAAUGGGAGAAGAGGCGAAUCAUCCGGGACUGUAUGUGGCAACACAUUGUAACGGUGGAUCGCAUCCUCAAUAUACUACACCUUUCACUGUCACGACAUUUCCCCAGAAGAGUGAACAGUUCAGGAUUGUUUUUCAAUGUCGAGUGCAACCUGGCAAAUUUACAACUCAUUCAACUCCUGUUCAAAAGGGCAAAGCAUGGCGUAUUGUCGAUCCUAGUGCUGUGCGACCUUAUGGAAUUUUACUUAAAAAAGAAGAUUCAUCCAAAGAAGACGAAAAAACGUGA